AUGCUGCCCUCGUGCCCUGUGGGGUCGCUGGCCGUCCUCGUGAUGUUCGAGACCUACGUGCGGCCCUCCGAGCUGCUGAGCCUCGCGGUCGCGCAGCUCGCCCCUCCCGCGAGCGAGGGGGGGCCUGGGGCCUGCCGGGCCUUCGGCGCCCGCGUGGAGGAGCUUGGGCGGCCGUCUGAGACCCGGGAGUUCGACCUCAGCAUGCUGCUCGACGUCGAGCGGCGCCGGGCGCUGAUCCCAGCGCUGCGCGGGCGCCUGUUCGACAUCAGCUCCAGACAGUUGUGCCGCGCCUUCGCGGACGCGGUGGAGCGGCUGGGGGUCUGCUCGGUCGAGCCGACGCUCCGCGCGCUGCGGCGCGGGGGGGCCGGCCGAGAGCGCCUCGCGCAGGCGCGCUCUCUCGGCGAGGUGGAGCAGCGAGGGCAUUGGCGCAGCUUCCGCAGUGUGGCUCGUUACGACAAGCACGCGCGGGUCUCCUUGCAGCUCGGCGAGCUCUCUGUGGCGUUGCAGGCGGAGAUCGCGGGCGUCGUGGGGCGCGGCGCCAGGCCCUUCUCCGAGCGCUGCGCCGGGCUCUUGCGCAGGCACUGUCAGCGCUUCGGCGAGUCUCCUUUGACCUGUUCUCGGGAUCAGGCAGCCUGGCGCGGGCUCCGGCAGCUCGCAAUGUAG